AUGAAUCAUGGCGAGCUGGUUUAUCGCGUCCAUGAAGACAUACGUGAUGUUGCAAAUUAUGCAAUCAAAGACAUCAAGAGUUUCGCAGGCUCGAUUGUCAUCAGUAAAAGAUCUGUAUUUCCCCACGACAAAGGAUUUUCCAAGCUUGAGACAAAUGUUGUUAAGAAGCUAAGAUCUAGCGGGCUUCGUGUUUACGUACAUACAUUUAGCAACGAGUUUCUUACUCAACAGUAUGACUUUUUCUCGGAUCCAACGGUGCAGAUAGACUCCUUUGUCCGAGUUAUUGGGAUUGAUGGCAUCAUCACUGACUUCCCAGCGACCACUGCAAGAUACAUAAAGAACAAAUGCUACAGAAAAAUGGAACAGAUUAAAGCUGGUGAGAUCAUAAAAUUCGCGGAUCCAGCACUUCUUCCACCAGCUGAAGCUCCAUAUCCUUCACUAGUUGAGUCAGAUGUCAGGGAACCACCAUUGCCGGAAGUGAGAAGCCAGCCACCAUCAUUGCCUGAAGUGACAAAUAGUAGUAGGCGAAGAUACAUCUCCGAUGAGAUAGCAAAACUUGGGAAAGGGAACAUCAGUGCUCACAUCUUUACAUUUAGAGAGCUCUGCGUCGCCACCAAGAACUUCAACCCUGAGAAUCAGCUAGGCGAAGGCGGUUUUGGAAGGGUUUACAAAGGCCACAUAGAAACCCCUGAAGCGGUUGUUGCGGUUAAGCAGCUAGACAGGAAUGGGUACCAAGGGAACAGAGAGUUUCUUGUGGAAGUCAUGAUGUUGAGUCUCUUACAUCAUCAAAACCUUGUCAAUUUGGUCGGAUAUUGCGCAGACGGCGAUCAAAGGAUUCUUGUCUAUGAAUAUAUGCAAAAUGGCUCUUUAGAAGAUCAUCUUCUCGAAUUGGCGCGGAACAAGAAGAAGCCGUUGGAUUGGGACACAAGGAUGAAAGUUGCAGCAGGAGCAGCAAGAGGGCUUGAGUAUCUACACGAAACAGCUGAUCCUCCUGUGAUCUACCGAGAUUUCAAGGCUUCAAAUAUAUUGCUUGACGAAGAAUUCAACCCAAAGCUUUCAGAUUUCGGUUUAGCCAAAGUCGGUCCGACUGGUGGGGAGACUCAUGUUUCGACGAGAGUGAUGGGAACAUACGGCUAUUGUGCCCCAGAGUAUGCUCUCACGGGACAGCUCACUGCAAAAUCUGAUGUGUACAGCUUCGGAGUCGUGUUCUUGGAGAUGAUCACUGGAAGAAGAGUCAUUGACACAACGAAACCAACUCAAGAACAGAAUCUAGUCACUUGGGCAAGUCCAUUGUUCAAAGAUAGGAGAAAGUUCACGUUAAUGGCGGAUCCGUUGCUCGAAGAGAAGUAUCCAAUAAAGGGGUUGUAUCAAGCGCUUGCAGUUGCAGCGAUGUGUCUUCAAGAAGAGGCGGCAACAAGGCCAAUGAUGAGCGAUGUAGUCACUGCGCUUGAGUACUUAGCCAUGACCAAUGCCGAAGAAGAUGGGGAAACUUUAGAAAUUAAUAAAACAGAUAACAACAACAGAGGAGAAGAAGAAGAAGACGAAAGAUCUUAA